UGGCCGCAGCAAGUAGGAGUGUGGGGUGGGGCCAGGUGGGGAAACAGCAGCCCUGACCCCUGGGGGGCCUGGGCCAGCUCUCCGCAGGCUCGGCACAAACACUGCCCUGGGGAUCUCUGGGCCCAUAAACAUCCGCUGGCCCAGCAGGUGCACACCCAGCCCCGGAGGCCCCGGAAACCCAGACCACCUCUGCACAUAAUCACCCCCUCCCUGAGGCCUCUGCACCAGCCCAGAGGGGACGGCAGGAGCUGCCUGGAACCCAGACACCCCCCAGCUAAUCAGGUGACACUCCCCAUGCUGCGCCCUGGUUCCCCCACCUACAAAAUGGGAGCGUAGUCCUCUUGCUAAAGGGAGCCUGCCUUGGGGUCCAUCUCCCCCACGGGAACGGGCCCCUCUUCCCAACAUAGGCACCGGGCGGAAGAAGCCCUGAGCUGCACCCCCAGAGGCACAAACGGGGUGGGGCUGAGCUGCGUCCCACCACAACUUUUGACACACAACCUCCUUGCCCAGCUGGGAUCCCUCGGGCCUCAGGGAGCUCACCACUCUGCCACUCCAGCUCUGACCACUGGGCCCCGUGUCCGUGCCAGGGUCACCUAAGCAGGUCCGCCACCAGGUUCUCCACCCCACAUGUGGAUGUGCUUGCUGCCUGUGCCCCGAGGGCCCCUGCGCCACGCGGCAGUGACUGGGGGCACCCAGUGCCAUGACACGCCUGGUGUCUACCUGGCCCAGCACUGGCUGCGGGCCCCGGGGCAGCUGCAGAGACCCAGCUUCGCCACGCCUGGGCUGGCCAAGCCGGUGGCCACAGCUGCCGGCCGUCGCUGCAUGGGCCGGGACCCCAACCGCACCUUCACCAGCGACUUCCUCACACGAGUGGCCAACCUGGAUGACCCAUGCAAGGUGACAAGGGCCCGAGAACUGAACCUGCUGCCGGGGCCCCAGGCCUCAGGCCGGGCCUUCGGCUUUGUCCUUGACCUGCACAGCAGCACGGCCAACACGGGCACCUGCCUCAUCGCAGAAGCUGCCCACGAGGGUCUUGCCAUGCACCUGUGCCACCAGCAGAGCCCCAAGGUGCCCUGCCCAGCCCUGUACCAGCUGCCGGGGUGGGGGAGUUAUAGCCUGGACCCCUUGGCCAAGAACGGAAUGGUUCUGGAGCUGGGCCCCCAGCCUCAGGGUGUGCUGCGCAGGAUGAGGACCCUGGUGGCCAAAGUCCUGGACUUCAUUGAGCUCUUCACCCAGGCACAUGGAACGGGCAGCGUGGACCGGCCACGCACGGAGGCGGGGACCGGGCAUCCUCAGCUGCAGACCCUACAGCCCGGUAUAGCCAUCUUCCAGAUGUCUGGUGGUGAGGAUGUGCUCUGUGGGGGGGGGGGGGGGGCGUCUGCCGUGUACCCCACGGUCAUCAACAAGGCCGCCUACUAUGAAAAGGGCAUUGCCUCCAUUCAGGCGGAGAAGCUCACGUUCUCCGUGCCUGCCCUGCCGCGCUGGCCCUCACCCCCACCCCAGCCCCUGACCCAGGACAGACCCACACAGUCUCAACCCUCCCAUCUGAACAAUGGGUCCCGAGCCAGUCUUGCUCCCAGGGCACCCCUUUGCCUUCUGCUGUAUACCAUGUUUCUGGCCAUACCCCCAUGCCUCCAUACCUCAGUUUCCCAUCUAUAAAAUGGAAG